UUGCCUAUUUAAUGACAGUGGAAAAAAAAUUAUCGAAGUGAAGUAAAGUUUUGUCAAUUUUGCCAAAGCGAUAAAGCGAAUUUCAUCAAUCACCAUUUAACAAUUCAGUUUCAAGUGCCGGUUAGAAAUAAACAAUGGAAGGUUUUAUUGAAGUUAAUGAAAUAUCCGAUUUUGUAUCAUACAUACGCAGUAUUGAAUGGCGUGAUCCAUGGCUCAUAGCGCUGCUGUCUUUCCACAUUCUUGUUACAUUUACUUGCUUCUCAACACGGAAUUAUGGAAACUUUCAAGUUAUUCUUUUUAUAACACUAUUACUAUUGGUGUAUUUCUCGGAGAACAUAAACGAAGUAGCGGCGAGGAACUGGACAUUAUUCUCUAGACAGCAGUACUUUGACAGCAAGGGUCUCUUCAUUUCAGUCGUGUUUUCAAUCCCAAUAUUGCUCAACUGUAUGAUAAUGGUGGGUUCAUGGUUAUAUCAAUCAACGCAGAUAAUGACAAAUUUAAAGAAGGCACAAUUGCGACAGCGUCUCAAAGAACUGAACAUGCACAGGGAACAGCAACAGAAGAUAAUGAAAACAGAGUAAGACACGUCAAUUGCAAAAAUAUUCAUGCUAAACAUACCGCUCGGUACAUUGUGAUAUGCAACGCAAUUUUCCUGAUAAUAAUACGAUGCCUUUAUAAAAAAAAAUAUUCGUGUGUAGAUUUUAUUUGAUAAAAAAACAGUGAUAAAAUUAGUCAGAUUUACUACUAAAAUCGUUUAAUAGGGUUUUUUAUGAAAAAUCUACGCUUAAGGGCGCUUAAUGACUAUUAAACGACUGUGGGUUUAGUUAAUCGUAUCGUCUUAAUAUAUUGAUCAGGUUUUGUGUAAAUCUUGCCAAUAGAUGACAUGUAAAUUCAAAAACAAUACACAUUGUUCCUGUUGAAUGUCAAAUGGCUAUUGUAUACUAAAACUGUACACAUGACUUUGUUUUUAAUUACGAGUAAAGGAUAACGGACUUACUCUAAUAUAAACGUAAUGACUUUUUUAAUACCUUUUUUAAUAUGACUCGACUGGUCUAUUAAAAAUAACGGAAUUUGAGGUAUAUUUUAUCAAAUAUUACUAACUUAAAACAUUAAUCGUAUUUUUUCUGACUAAACAAGUUUCCGGAAGAAAAAAUCUUAUUUAUUUAAUUAAUUCAGCCUUCAAAAUCACGAUAAACGGUAAUCUUUAAUUCAAUCAAGUUUGGAAUCAUCCAAAGUUUUCAAAUUGUAAUUUUUAACAGUACAACAUUUAAUUCAAAGUUCACACGAACAAGGUUAGAACAUAACCUUGAUAAGCCGGUUUCGCCAACAUUUACACAGAUGCAAAAAAUAAAAAAAAAAUACAUUAAAGUUGCAACGCUUAUAAAUCCAUUCGUGUUAUCUACAUAUCAAUUUUAGACAUUUUUUUAAAUAUUAGAAAUUAUCUGAUUUGCCUUGACAUUGAAAACGAUUUGAUAGAUAAAAAAAUAUCGCUUGAUUGUGCGUAUACUA